UAUUUCCGUGUUAAUCGCCACCACCUCCAGCUGAGCAAACAACAGAAGAACUAGCUUGGUCCUCUCAACUACAAUUCACAAUUCCUUGACCUAACCUAGUAGUGCUUCGAAUAUCAGUUUUGUUGUGUACAUUUUCUUACCAGGUACUUAGCAUAUUUGAGUGUUCUGGAUAAAAAUAGUCCGUUUCUAAUUCUACGAAGUGUGGAUGUAUGCGAUCAGCUGAUUUUAGGUGAUUUAUUUUUUAACAGUGCAAGUUUAACCAAAAUCCGAGUGCUAGCCAGAAGUGAGUUUUUCAAGUGUUUGUAAUCAAGUCACAUUCAGCUCUCACUUGACUAGGCAUUUCAAGAGAUAUUUCUAAAUAUUGCAUGAACACAAAUGUUCUCCAAUUAAGAUAAGGACUGAGUGAUGUAGAUUCUAGAUCUAGAUCUAGAUCUAGCUCAACUCAAUGGAAAACAGAAAUUUCAGCACUGCUGCAGCUGAUUCACAAUUGGGUGAUUCAAACAGUAGCCACAAUCACAAAAUUUCAGAAGAAUUUAUGAUAAAACAAAGCCAUAUAUUGCACCAGGAUGAAGCACUUUCCUUUUCCAGUGAACUGUUUCCAUCUUUUAAGGAGACUGAAUUCAACCCAACCAUUUCACAUGAUGGAAGAACAACAACCUCAUCUUGGGGGUCAUUGCCAACUCUCCAACCAGCAUUACCAUCAACAGUUCAACUCAGUCUGACAAUUGUAUAUAUUGUGAUGUUUUCCUUAAUAUUUAUUCUUGUGUAUGUGCAAUUGUGGAUGAUAUGGUACUACAGACACAAACGCUUGAGCCACCAAACUCUUUUUCUCUUUAUGGGUUUAUUAUGGGCUGGAUUAAGGACCUCGUUGUUCUCAUUCUACUUCUACAAUUGUGAAGAGGCCAAUAAUUUGGAGAUUGCACUGUACUGGCUCCUGUAUAGCUUCCCUGUUUGUCUACAGUUCUCCAUGUUGUGUUUACUUCUGCAUUUUUUUGCUCAGGUUGUAUUCAAAGCAAAGGCCAAGUAUGAGCCCAAGCAAUACCAUUUUCUUUCUUUCAUUAGGCGACCUCUCCGUUUAUUUCUUGGGUUGUCAGUGAUGCUGUUCACAGCCAUGAAUCUAGCGUGUGCCAUAGUCACCAAGCAACAUGAAAGGGACUACGCCUCAGUCCCUCUGUUUUUGCUGUACAUUAGAGUCACAAUAACAGAAACCAUGUUUUUAAUAUAUGGCAUUCUGCUUUCUGUGUGCAUAUUUAAGAUGACAAAGAUGGCUUCAUCACAAAGAGUUUUGGAAGCAAAGGGAACAACUGUAAAGAAAGCUGUAGCGGCUGCCAUUCUCAUCACACUUUUGUUUCUUUCACGCACCGUCUACAACUUGAUCUCCAUCUGCCCGGCCAUGAAGUCUACACCUAACUUUGGAUAUGACUGGAUCAAUGUAACAGAUCAAGCUGACUCUGUACCUCGGCUGUCUGAAAGCUUGGCCUAUGUAUCCUUUGGAAUGGUACUCUUUGUUUGGGAAGUUCUGCCAAUCUCAAUAGUUGUCAUCUUUUUUAGAGUAAAAAGGUUUACAUCUGGACAAGUUUUGACAGAUUUUUCAUCUCAAAGUCAUGGAUCAAGAGUAUUUUUCUUUGAUAAUCCUCGUCGUUAUGACAGCGAGGAUGACUUGUCCACACAGCAGGGAUCUAGUCCACAUGCUGAUUACGGUGGAGCUCGAACCCUCAGUGGUGUUGACAGCUUCAGGUCCCACACACCCAGAGGAACACCACGAAGUACACCAAUCAAUGCACCUGUGUGGGGAUACUAUUCCUCUGCUUCAUCAUAUCCACAUCCCAACAGUCCCCUCGCUACAACACCCAACAACAACACUGUGAUACAUUCCCCAAGGAGACAUGGCUAUGGAGCUAUCAUUCCUUCAGGGCAAAACCAUUUACGGCCCCACAGCUCUGCUUUAAAACUAUAGACAAGGGCACUGUUCUCAACAACUACUCACCUUUACAGAACAAUACUUCCACACAUUGGAUUUAAAAUUUGGUUGGUAACAGA